CAGAACGGGAUACUAACUGCAAACAAUCCACAAAUAUCAAAAUACAUACCGACCAUCGGUGUAAAUUGUGCUAGUUAUUGGUGGAAUAGCUACAUCAUGGCAGUCCCAGCCAAAAUUGUACUAAAAAGCGGAACGAAGAUGUCGCUUAAUGACAGAUUUACCAACAUUGUCAAGACGCCGACAUCACCGUCCUCACCCCAGGCUAUCCGGGCCAGAAUGGCGGAGGCCCAGCAGGCAUCCUCAGCCAACCGGAGGCUAGCACAGCAAAUGGCAAACAGACCUACCGUACAGGCAGCUCUGAAAAUCAAAAAGACCAGCUUGAAACAGCGUUUGGGUAGGACCAAUGUGAAAGCCAGGUUGAAUCUGAGCGCUGUCAGAGGGCGGGGUCGUGGUGGAGGAGGUGGAGGAUUCAACAGAGGACAGAGGGGUGGUGGACGAGGACAGAGGGGUGGAUCCAGAGGAGGUCCGGGUGGAGAUGCAAUGAGUCCUAGAGGACGUGGGCGUGGUGGAUUUGGACAGCCCAACAAACAAGGGGGAGGAUUCGGAAGUCCUAGAGGUGGAUUCAGGGGCCGAGGCAGGGGAAGAGGGGGAUUCGGAGACCGAGGGGGUCGUGGACGAGGGGGUUUCUAUGACAACUCGAGAGGUGGCAGAGGAAAUCGUGGCAACAGGGGAGGUAAUCGCUUCCAGAGAGGUCGUGGGGGUCGAGGUAGAGGGGGGAGGGGUCGCGGAGGGUCAUCAGGAAUGACGGCCGAGGAACUGGACAAUCAGUUAGAUGCGUACAUGUCCAAAACAAAGAGUAACCUAGACGCUGAGCUCGAUGCCUACAUGGCGGAGUCCCAGAGCUGAGCAUGAAAACUGAGGAGUUCUGAACAAUCUGACAUAAUUUCCAACAAGUAGUUAAAAUGUAGAAAUAUUAACAGUGAGGAGUUCUGAAUAAUCCAAUGUAAUUGCGGUCAAAUAUUUAAAAUUUAGAGAUAUUGGUGUUAUAAGAUCACAAAUGUUAUGUGCAAUAUGUCAAAUCUGAAUCCACGUUUUCUCAUCAGAUUUUAACAGUUGAAAUACCUGUUUUAUGCUGUAGAUCAUUCAUGUGGUAAAAAUUGGUUCUCUCAUUUUUGUUGAGAGUAUAUAUAGUGGUGUUGACAUAGAGGGAUUUCUAGUACAGACCUCUUUUGUUUUAGAACUACUUGAUUUUAAAUUGGAGCUGCUAUGAUAUAAAUGAAAUAUACCAAAUAGCUUGUAUAUACUUUUUAUUGUUGUUUUAUGUAGUUUCAGAUCAAAGUACAUGUAUAUAAAUAGUAUUUGUGUUCAGUUGUUUUAUGUAGCUGGUGUAUACAUUUAUAAUUAAGUAAAAUAAUAGUGUGUUUGCUUUAUUAUAGUAAAACUGUAUCAUGUCAUUGGUUGAAUAUUAAUUUUGAUUUCAACAUAAUUUUGUUAAAAGGCACAAAGAUUUUAUUCUUUUUAAGGAGAUAAACUUUAGUGCAAGUCCCAUCAAGGCCCAUAAACAUUUUAGUUUUUGUAAGAAACUGUAUAAUGUUGUACCCAGUUUCUUUUGUGGUUGUAUGAGUAGAAUGUUUUUAUUGUGCAGUUAUCUUUUUUCUUGAAGUAUAUAAAAUAUACUACUUAAUGCAUACAUGUAGGCCUACAUUUUUUUCUUUAAUUAAAAUUUGUGAAUCCUGUAAAAGAGUUUGCUUUUAUGAUUUCUAAGAGCUUCGCUGGGAAUGCUGAAAUAUUUCCAGAAUCAAUGUUUCCUAUACUGUAGAUCACUAAAUUUUCACAACACCUUAUUUUUGUGAGAUAGACAUUUACUCUUUAUUAACAAGACAAAAUUAUCAUGAAUUGAGGUUAGUGCAUUGUAUAAUCUUAAUUAUUUAGGAAUGCUGAUAAACGCGAGAAUGAUAUUUUCAAUAGCACCCUGUCUCACGUAAUGUUGUGAAAAUAAAGUUUGAAUCAAAAGUGA